CUUUGCUAGCUGUGAAUUUCAAAAUUUGAUUUACUAUUAUCUGUUAAUCUGCUUUCGUCUUUCAUUUUAGAUAACCAAGGGUAUGUUGGAGAAGUAUGUCCCUGAGAGGGUUCUUGAUACUCCAAUCAUUGAGGUUAUAAUGGAAAUUCCUCUUGAAUUGAUGCUAACCAUAAGCAAGAAGCUACCGUGGAUGUUUUUCCCUGAUAUAAUUCCCAUUGGUCAUCCAAUAUUUGAUAUUAUCAACCCGGCAAAUCCAGAGACAAAUUUGGACUUAAGGUUAGCAUGCCUCCUCUUAUAUGCAUUUGACUGCCAGGAAAACUUUUGGCAGUUAUAUGGUGACUUCUUACUGAGCGCAGAUGAGAGCACUAGCUUAUUUAUAGCUACAGAGGUGCUUCUACAGCAAUCACAAGGCUGUGAUUUUAGUCCUUCUUUGAGUAUGAACACCAAGGGUUGGUACUGGCUAUUAUCUUUGAAGGUUUGGUGCGUGUGGCGCUAUAAUUCUGUAGUCUGAGGUGGAGGAACUUUUGGAGCUGCAGGAUCCUAAUUUUGCUUCUACUUUGAGAAGUCACCAACAACGAGCCUUAGAAUUCUGGGAGAAAAACUGGCCUAGUGGUGCACCCCUUAAAAGAAAGCGUCUUGCUUGUGAUCCUCAGAGGUUCAUUUGGGCAGUAGGUAUUGCACAAUCACGAUGUAUCUAUAACUACUGCAAAGGUUAUCUCCAAUGAUACUAUUCAUCCAAGGGUUUUACCCCAUGUGAUCAAGGUCCACCGUAAGGGCAAAUUAAGGUUGCUUUUUCUUAUCUUUUGGUUGGUCUCAUGUAGGUUUGUAAACUUUUUUGGGUUUUAUCGUGUUGAUUUUCUUUUUGUUGCUUACCUGGUCAGUGAAAAGUUAAUGGAUGAAUUUGCAGUACAAUUUACUUUUUGGGAAACUUUUGAUAGGAUAAAGUUGUUCAAUUGUUUUGUGUGUGAAA